CACACCGCGGCGGCGGACACUUGAGCACGAUGCACCGCGCCCCGCCGGAAGAACUCCCCUGAGCGGAAGCUUCUCAGAGCGAUAUAGCGGAAGUGUUUUCUUUUCCGGCCUCUUUGGUCUCGGCGGCAGAAGCGAGAUGACGAAGGGGACGUCGUCGUUCGGCAAGCGCCGCAACAAGACGCACACGCUGUGCCGCCGCUGUGGCUCGAAGGCCUACCACCUUCAGAAGUCCACCUGCGGCAAGUGCGGCUACCCCGCCAAGCGGAAGAGGAAGUAUAACUGGAGCGCCAAAGCUAAACGAAGAAACACCACUGGAACUGGUCGCAUGAGGCACCUAAAAAUCGUAUACCGCAGGUUCAGGCAUGGAUUCCGUGAGGGAACAACACCUAAACCCAAGAGGGCGGCUGUUGCAGCAUCCAGUUCAUCUUAAGGAUUUCAGUGAUUAGUUGCACAAUAAAUGUUGUGGUUUAGAAAAUA